AAAUGACCAAUUGUGUGGACCUUAAAUAAGCACGGACUUCUUUUAACAUAGCUUUGUUUCAGUACACAUCAAAUUCUAAAGCAAUGGGCACCAUUUCCAACGACCCUCCGGCGACACUUAUCCAAGACCUCAAAAUCACCACCCAAAACGUUUCUCUCGUAUUUCCCUCCCGGAAAACCGAGAGAAAAAAAUCCAUGUUCUUGUCGAACAUAGACAAAGUGCUGAAUUUCCCGGUGGAAACCGUCCAUUUUUUCCCGUCCCACGAGGAUUUUCCGCCCCAUGUUGCGGCUGAGAAGCUGAAAACCGCAUUAUCGGAGCUUCUAGUGCCGUAUGAUUUCUUAGCCGGAAGGUUGAGGUCGAACCCGGAAACAGGUCGGCUGCAAAUCGACUGUAACUCGGCCGGAAUCGGUUUCGCGGUGGCUUCGAGUGAUUAUGCGUUGGAUGAUGUUGGAGACUUGGUUUAUCCUAAUCCAGCAUUUGGCCAACUGAUUUGUAAAAGCGUUGAUAGCUUGGAACAAGAUGAUCAACCACUUUGUAUUGUACAGGUAACAUCAUUUAAAUGCGGUGGCUUUGCAAUGGGCGUAGCGACCAACCAUGUGACUUUUGAUGGCUUAAGCUUCAAAAUCUUCUUAGACAACUUGGCCGCCGUGACAGCCGGAAAACCCCUCGCCGUCACCCCUUGCAAUGACCGCCUCCUCCUCGCUGCUCGAUCGCCACCAUGUGUCACCUUUCCCCACCACGAGUUGGACAAGUUCCACGACUCGAACCCCCCCGUCAUCGAUGCCACUUCCGAAGCAUUAGACUUUAAGGUUUUCCGGCUCACCUCCGACGACAUCGCCAGAUUAAAGGAGAAAGCCAAGGCCUCCGCGACCGGAUCACACGUCAGCGAUGCACGAAUCACUGGGUUCAAUGUGGUAACUGCCCUCGUAUGGCACUGCAAAGCCUUAUCAUGGGAUAACAAAGAGAGCAACCUCGAUAGGGUUUCCACGUUGUUAUAUGCUGUUAACAUAAGGCCUAGGUUAAUCCCACCCUUGCCAAUCUCAUACACCGGGAACGCGGUGCUAACUGCUUACGCAAGGGCUACAUGCAAGGAGAUUGAUGAAGCUCCGUUCUCACGGUUAGUGGAGCUCGUGACGGAGGGGGCGAAGCGGAUGACAGAUGAGUACGCACGGUCGGCGAUAGACUGGGGAGAUAUUUACCAAGGUUUUCCAAAUGGGGAGUUCUUGGUGUCUUCAUGGUGGAAACUAGGGUUUGAUGAAGUGGAGUAUCCAUGGGGAAGGCCUAAAUAUAGUUGCCCUGUGGUGUUCCAAAGGAAGGACAUUAUCUUGUUUUUCCCUGACAUUGAUGAUAACAAUGGUGUCAAUGUGUUGGUGUCACUGCCAAGCAAGGAAAUGAGCAAGUUUAAGACCCUGUUUCACAAGUACUUGGCUUGAUGAUAAAAAUGGAACCAAUCGGUUGUCAUUAAUAGGUGUGUUGUAAUAAUGAAGUUUGAUUGGUAUAAUGUUUUGUAUUGUGUAACUUUGUCAUUGUAAUGUUUAUUGUAGCUAUGACAUAUGGACUUUGACUUA